AUGCCAGGCAAGAAACAGGUUUUUGUUACCGGAGGAACAGGCUAUAUCGGCGCCUCUGUUCUACAGAAACUCCUCAGGCACCCUUUAGCUUCCGAAAGCGAGUUGACAGUGCUCGUCCGCUCGGAGGACAAGGCUCAGAAACUCGAGCAGCUCGUUAGGACGACUAGUCUCGGAGACAUCAAGGUGCUCCGUGGGUCCAACGGCGAACACGACAAGCUUGAAGCGCAAGCAUCUAAGUCUGAUGUUGUCUUUUCGAUGGCAGAUGCGGACGAUGUCGAUGCCAUCAAGGCUAUCCUGACGGGACUGAAGAAGCGUUACGAGCAGCUCGGAGUAGCCCCUAUCUUAAUCCACACUUCCGGAACGGGUCUUUUGGUUGAUAAAGCAGACGGAAAAUUCGAAGGCCAAACGUUCUAUGACGACACAGAUGUCGAGCAGAUGAACUCCAUACCGGAAACUCAAAUUCAUCGAAACGUUGAUUUGUUAGUUGUUGAGGCUGACAAGCAAGGUUAUGCAAGGACCUACAUCAUCCUCCCGUCCGUCAUUUAUGGAGUCGCACAAGGGCCGCUGUUUGAUGGCGGAAUUGGCAACCGUCAUUCAAUUACUGUCCCAUUCCUCAUCAGGUCGGCGGUAGGUCGAGGGCAGGUAGGUGUUGUCGGCGAGGGACUCUCCAAGUGGGAGAGUGUGCACAUCAACGACAUGUAUGACAACGCGCUCUUAGGGAGAGCAGGCCACGGUCGCGAGGGUUUCUACUUCGCCGGGAACGGAGAACACAAGUGGUACGACCUAUCCAAAGCGAUCGGGGAAGCGCUGUUUGAGCUGGGCAAGGUCGACAAGGCGGAGCCAUCACCGUUCACGAAGGAAGAAGCGGAGCAGUCAAACUUCCUCUGGAUAUCUGGGACAAAUUCACGUAGUCAAUCAAAGAGGGGACGCGCUCUGGGGUGGCAGCCUAAGUAUACGGUCGAAGACUUGUUCAAGAGCGUCAAGCCGGAGGCAGAGGUACUUCUUGCUUGA